ACGGGCACACUGAACCAAACGAAAAUAAUUUGUUAAAAAAAUCAACAAAUUGUAUUGUUAAAUGGCCGUGCGAACACGAACACACCAAGAUCCGCCGCAGCGCUCGAUUCCAAAGCAGAUCCUCGUGGCAGUCGGGAGUUAGUAACACCGCAGAGCGUCCAGAUCGAGGGGUAUACACCAUCCGUGUCCGAGAUACCAUCCCGCGAGAGAUCGGAGCGCACAGAGGAGGAGAUCCCGGGCAGAUCCAGAGUUACGUGAUUCCGGGCGACGCGGAUUCUGGCUGGGAUUGCCACUGGCCGCGGUCCAUUGCUACUGGCGGAACGGAUCCCCAUCGAUGCCACGAUGAAUGUGCGAAAGCGGCCACGUCUGGAAAUGGAACUCGGUUCCACCACCACCACCACUACCACCACAUCCUCCUCCGGAGCCAGCAGCAAUCCCAAUCCCCCUGCUGGCAACAGCCUCAUGACCAACAUCAUCAGCGGUCCUCACACGGCCGAUUUGUCGGAGGCCCUGGUCAGCAGUUCGUUUGCCAACGGUCAUCAGAGCCUCAUCCUCACCAGCGCCACGGGAAAUGCCCUCAUGGGCAGCCAGGGUGCCCAGAUAUUCCUCACCAUUUGCGGCGACGAGAACUCGGAUGACUCGCAGGAGUACUAUGCCAUUAAGCAGGAGCCCGGCUCCGAUCUGGAUGUCCACUCGCUGCUGCCCAACAAUCUGCAGCUGCCCACCGGCUGUGAGAUAUAUCUGGUCAAGGACACGACCAGUUUGGUGGGCGAGCCUCCGACCAAGGCGGCCAUCAAAUUGGAGCUGGACACGCUGAGCGAAAAGCCGAGUCGUCCGCCAGUAGCACCCUCCUCGAAACCCCUGGUGGUGACAACCCAAUCUGUGAAUCCUGCUGUUGCUCCCUCGGGGAACACCACCGCCACCAGUGUGCUCUAUGGCUCCCACGGCCAGGCCCGUGCCCAGUCGGAGGCGGCUGGCCAAACGCCCAGCAGCAAACUGGAGGCCUACAAGAAGCGCGAUGAUAAGCGCCGUGCCACGCACAACGAAGUGGAGCGCCGGCGACGCGACAAGAUCAACAGCUGGAUCUUCAAGCUCAAGGAGAUGCUGCCCAGCCUGAGCCCCAGCUCCAGCUUCAGCGAGGCCAGCACGAGUCCCAGCACCAGCGGCAGCACGAGUACCAGCGCCAGCACGACCAGCAGCAGCCACCUGAAGGGGAACCCCAGCAGUGCCAGCGGACGCACGCCGCCCAACGACUCCAAGUCGCAGAUUCUGAUCAAGGCGUGCGAGUACAUCAAGAGCAUGCAGGGAGAGAUUGACACGCUGCGUGACUGUCUGCGGGAGGCGGACGGCCUGCGGGCGAGCAACCAGGCGCUGCGCGAGGAACUGGACCGCCUGAAGCGGCAGCAGCAGCUCCAGGAGCGCUUCCACACGGCCGGCGGCAGGUCGACCUUCAACGUGACCCUCAACUCGCUGAACAGCUCGGUGACCAGCGAUCUCUUCGAGGGCAUCGAUACGACGCCCAACCUGUCCGCCGUCUCAUCGCUGGGAUUCAGCAAGCGCGGCCUGCUCAUCAGCGAUUACGAUGAGUAGGGAGGCGAGCGAACAAAGGCGGCGGAAGAAUAGAAACGAAAAUAUGGGUGGACCGACAUGGUUACGGGUUGCGGGACAAAAAACAAAAGCGGAAAAAAACGGAGGCGGAUGGACAAGCGCUGGCGCCUCCAUAAAAAUAUACGCCCAUCCACCAAAGAAUGACGUGCAACGUACACGCAACGCAACACACGCAGUACAAUAAACGGACAUGACGAGGGAUUUCUUGUUAUCGCCGCUCUGUUAUAUGUUAUAUAAGAAACGCCGAAGGGCAGAGAAGCAUAUUACAUGCACGCAUGUAUGUGCAGUCGAACUUGGGUGACUCAAGCCGAGUUGUUGGCCCAGGCGCUCCGAAAAAGCUGUUCUCAAUUGAGUUUAAUUAACCGGCCACAGCGACACAGCUGCUUCUGUAUGCUGCACACUUGGCAUUGGCAUUACUCCUGCCUGCUCCCUCCACCACAACGAACCCCGAAACAUCGUGAAGGUGGCGAUCUAACGAAUUUGUAAAUGGGAAUACGAUCUCACAUCGUCUCCCAUACCGCUGUCACCUUCGGAUUCUUCACACUUACCUCUGGGUUCUGGGAUAUUAGUUCACAAAGAAUACUGUCGAUAAGAAGCUUUAAGGCAUUUUAUGUUUUUCUAUGUAUUUUUUUUUCUUUAUUACCUUAAACAUUUAUGUGUUUGUUUCGAUUUGCCCAGCGAAUCUGUACCUAAGCCAUGUUCCAAACUAAGUUGUUGUGUACACCUAAGCGUUUCGGCUAUCAGCUUCACUUUCUCCAGGGAUCCGCCUGCGAAGUAAUAUAUUUUUCUCAAAACGUCAAGUAAAUAAAACGCAAAUAAGUGGAAUUCCUGGCCGAAAGUGAGGGAGAGAGCUGAAGCAACAAACAUAGGCGAUUAGUUAACGAAUUGUUGUGCGAGAACGUAGUCAGUCUUAAGUCUGGCGCUUGAGUGGCAAAAGUUCGAUUGUGCGGUUGUCAGGUCUUUUUUUUACGGAAUGCACUCAGAUCCUCAUGCAGUUUGCCAUCGUAUAUACCUAAUUAUUAACUAGAAUACAAAGCUAAACCUAAAGGCGUUAACGAUACCUACCUACUUGCAUAUAUACCUUGAACUAAAUCAUAUACGGAGCAUGUUGUGCUUCACUUUUCGAUUUUAUUGUACUGUUUCUCGCACUAAUUACCUACGAAAUUAUACUAUAUCUAGUUAUACCGAGUAUAUAUUAUAUAUAUAGAGAGAGGAGUGUACAUACGCAGAGCCGUGGGGUGUGCACGUUACAGAUAAACGCUAUUGUUGAUACAGAAUAAUAUUAUAUUUGAGCAUAAACUUGUUGUGAAUGUUAUAUCACUGUUUUCGAUAUACGACGCUGUUUCAGAAGUAUAUUGUGCGGAACAGAGUGUCUUAAGUACGAGAUCGUUUUUACCACUUAGCGAGAACGCCAAAGCCACACACACAACACACACCAGGGGCUCGGGAAUUGCAUUGUUUGACCUGACCCCCGCCGGAGAGCGGGGAUCUCGUGUCACUUGUUGCUAUCUAUACAGUACACUACAAUAAUAUCACAUUUCUGUCAUUUGACAGCUAAUAAUUCUAUUCAAUUUCAAUAAACGAACUCAGUAAUGGUUAACACA